CUUGGCUGGGGAGUUAUUUGACGCCGCCGCCCCUGGCAGUCGGAAGUUGCUUGAGUGGAUCUCAGCCGGCCGGCCCGACUGGCCUUCGUCAUCCCCCGGCGCCCUGGGACAGUCGCUGACGGGUGGACAGACCGACCGCCUGAGGACGGCCGGCCCGGACGGUGAAAGCGCCGGCCCUAUGGCGCGGGUCGCGUGAGGCCGAAGGCCAAGUGCGGCCGGCGGCGGCAGCGGUGGCGCCCGCCCCAGCGAUGCGGGCCCCGCCCGUCGCCUCAGGUGCCAUUUGGAUAGUACUUUAGCGGCACAAUGUACUCUGAGUGGAGGUCACUGCAUUUGGUGAUUCAGAAUGAUCAGGGCCAUACCAGUGUGCUGCACAGCUAUCCAGAGAGUGUUGGGCGAGAGGUGGCAAAUGCUGUGGUCCGUCCUCUUGGGCAGGCGUUAGGUACCCCUUCAGUGGCUGGCAGUGAGAGUUUGUUAAAAACUGACAAAGAAGUAAAAUGGACUAUGGAAGUAAUUUGCUAUGGGCUGACUCUUCCGUUGGAUGGAGAGACUGUAAAAUACUGUGUUGAUGUAUACACAGACUGGAUUAUGGCUUUAGUGUUGCCGAAAGAUUCUAUUCCAUUGCCAGUUAUUAAAGAACCUAAUCUAUAUGUUCAAAGUAUACUAAAACACCUGCAAAAUCUUUUCGUACCAAGACAGGAACAGGGUUCCAGUCAGAUCCGACUAUGCUUACAGGUCCUGAGAGCCAUUCAGAAACUGGCCCGUGAGUCAUCUAUCAUGGCCCGAGAAACCUGGGAAGUCUUACUGUUGUUUCUUCUGCAGAUUAAUGACAUACUUCUGGCCCCGCCAACUGUUCAAGGUGGCAUUGCUGAGAAUCUAGCAGAGAAGUUGAUUGGUGUUCUCUUUGAGGUGUGGUUACUAGCGUGUACUCGGUGCUUCCCAACACCUCCGUACUGGAAAACAGCCAAGGAAAUGGUGGCUAACUGGAGGCACCACCCGGCAGUGGUGGAGCAGUGGAGCAAAGUCAUCUGUGCUCUCACUUCCAGAUUGCUGCGCUUUACAUAUGGUCCUUCAUUUCCUCCAUUUAAAGUUCCCGAUGAAGAUGCCAGUCUAAUACCUCCAGAAAUGGAUAAUGAGUGUGUUGCACAGACUUGGUUUCGCUUUUUACAUAUGUUAAGUAAUCCUGUGGAUUUGAGUAACCCAGCUAUUAUAAGCUCUACCCCCAAAUUUCAGGAACAGUUCUUGAAUGUGAGCGGAAUGCCGCAAGAAUUGAAUCAGUAUCCCUGCCUUAAACAUCUGCCUCAAAUAUUUUUUCGUGCCAUGCGUGGAAUCAGCUGUCUGGUGGAUGCAUUCUUAGGUAUUUCUAGACCCCGAUCAGACAGUGCUCCUCCAACACCUGUGAAUAGAUUAAGUAUGCCUCAAAGUGCUGCUGUCAAUACUACCCCACCACAUAACCGGAGGCACCGGGCUGUUACUGUGAAUAAGGCCACCAUGAAGACAAGCACAGUUAGUACUGCUCAUGCCUCAAAAGUUCAGCACCAGGCAUCUUCCACCUCUCCUCUGUCAAGUCCAAAUCAGACUAGUUCAGAACCCCGGCCACUGCCUGCCCCUCGGAGACCAAAGGUUAACAGCAUCUUGAAUCUCUUUGGAUCAUGGUUAUUUGAUGCAGCAUUUGUUCACUGUAAACUUCAUAAUGGGAUAAACAGAGACAGCAGCAUGACUGCCAUUACAACACAAGCUAGCAUGGAGUUUCGACGGAAAGGGUCACAAAUGUCCACAGACACCAUGGUUUCCAAUCCUAUGUUUGAUGCAAGUGAAUUUCCUGAUAACUAUGAAGCAGGAAGAGCUGAGGCUUGUGGGACACUGUGUAGGAUUUUUUGUAGCAAGAAGACUGGAGAAGAGAUUCUGCCAGCUUAUUUAUCCAGAUUUUACAUGCUUUUAAUUCAAGGUUUGCAGAUAAAUGAUUAUGUGUGCCAUCCUGUCUUGGCCAGCGUUAUUCUAAACUCUCCUCCUUUGUUCUGCUGUGACUUGAAAGGGAUUGAUGUUGUGGUUCCUUACUUUAUUUCAGCUCUUGAAACCAUUUUGCCUGACAGAGAACUCUCAAAAUUCAAAAAUUAUGUAAAUCCAACAGAAUUGAGAAGAUCCUCCAUUAAUAUCCUGCUUUCUUUGUUGCCCCUCCCUCAUCAUUUUGGCACAGUCAAAUCAGAGGUGGUCCUGGAAGGAAAGUUUAGUAACGAUGACAGCUCUUCUUAUGAUAAACCAAUAACUUUUCUGUCCCUGAAGUUGAGACUUGUGAAUAUACUAAUAGGUGCCUUGCAGACAGAAACGGACCCCAACAACACCCAAAUGAUACUAGGGGCGAUGUUAAAUAUUGUUCAAGAUUCAGCACUUUUAGAAGCCAUUGGUUGCCAAAUGGAGAUGGGUGGUGGUGAAAAUAACCUGAAGAGUCAUAGUCGCACCAAUAGUGGUAUUAGCUCAGCAAGUGGUGGAAGCACAGAGCCCACAACUCCUGACAGUGAAAGACCUGCUCAAGCUCUCCUAAGGGAUUAUGCUCUUAAUACAGAUUCGGCUGCUGGGCUCCUGAUUCGCAGCAUUCAUCUCGUCACCCAAAGACUCAAUUCCCAGUGGCGGCAAGACAUGAGCAUAUCACUGGCAGCUCUAGAGCUCCUCUCUGGCCUGGCAAAGGUAAAGGUGAUGGUUGACUCAGGAGACCGGAAGCGAGCCAUCAGUUCUGUAUGCAGCUACAUUGUAUACCAGUGCAGUCGGCCAGCUCCACUUCACUCCCGGGACCUGCACUCCAUGAUAGUAGCAGCCUUUCAGUGUCUUUGUGUCUGGCUGACAGAGCACCCUGAUAUGCUGGAUGAAAAGGACUGCCUUAAGGAAGUACUGGAGAUUGUAGAACUGGGUAUCUCAGGAAGUAAGUCCAAGAACAGUGAGCAAGAGGUCAAGUACAAAGGAGAUAAGGAGCCAAACCCUGCAUCUAUGAGGGUAAAGGAUGCUGCUGAAGCCACCCUGACAUGUAUUAUGCAGUUGCUUGGCGCAUUUCCUUCACCCAGUGGUCCUGCCUCUCCUUGUAGUCUGGUGAAUGAGACCACUUUGAUUAAAUACUCCAGGCUGCCAACUAUAAACAAGCAUAGUUUCCGGUACUUUGUCUUGGAUAACAGUGUCAUCCUGGCAAUGCUGGAGCAACCUCUUGGAAAUGAGCAGAAUGAUUUUUUCCCCUCUGUCACUGUGCUGGUCCGGGGAAUGUCUGGAAGACUUGCUUGGGCACAACAGCUUUGCCUUUUACCCCGAGGAGCAAAAGCAAAUCAGAAGCUUUUUGUGCCUGAACCUCGCCCAGUUCCUAAAAAUGAUGUUGGAUUUAAAUAUACUGUGAAACAUCGCCCAUUUCCUGAAGAGGUGGACAAGAUUCCUUUUGUGAAAGCAGACCUGAGCAUUCCAGAUUUGCAUGAAAUUGUCACUGAAGAAUUGGAAGAGAAACAUGAAAAAUUAAGAAGUGGAAUGGCUCAGCAGAUUGCUUAUGAAAUACACCUUGAGCAACAGAGUGAGGAGGAAUUGCAGAAGAGAAGUUUUCCUGAUCCCGUUACAGAUUGCAGGCCCCCACCUCCUGCCCAAGAAUUCCAAACAGCCCGUCUUUUCCUCUCACACUUUGGAUUUUUGUCAUUAGAAGCAUUGAAGGAACCUGCAAAUAGUCGUCUACCUCCUCAUCUUAUUGCACUUGAUUCCACGAUACCUGGAUUUUUUGAUGACAUUGGGUAUCUGGAUCUCUUGCCAUGUCGUCCUUUUGACACAGUUUUUAUUUUCUAUAUGAAGCCAGGUCAGAAAACGAACCAAGAGAUUUUAAAGAAUGUGGAGUCUUCCAGAAAUGUUCAGCCACAUUUCCUAGAAUUUUUGCUCUCCCUUGGCUGGUCAGUAGAUGUGGGCAGACACCCUGGUUGGACUGGGCACGUUUCCACUAGCUGGUCUAUAAACAGUUGUGAUGACGGUGAAGGAUCUGAACAAGAUGAAGUGAUUUCCUCUGAAGAUAUUGGAGCUAGCAUUUUCAAUGGCCAGAAGAAGGUGCUAUAUUAUGCUGAUGCCCUUACGGAAAUAGCUUUUGUAGUUCCUUCUCCUGUGGAGUCCUUAACUGAUUCAUUGGAAAGUAACAUCUCGGAUCAAGAUAGUGAUUCAAAUAUGGAUCUUAUGCCAGGAAUUCUGAAACAGCCAUCCCUGACACUUGAGCUUUUCCCUAAUCAUACAGACAAUCUUAAUUCCUCACAGAGGCUCAGUCCCAGUUCCAGAAUGAAGAAACUGCCUCAGGGUCGCCCUGUGCCUCCUCUUGGACCUGAGACGAGAGUGUCUGUAGUUUGGGUGGAACGCUAUGAUGAUAUAGAAAAUUUUCCCCUCUCAGAUCUGAUGACAGAGAUCAGUACUGGUGUGGAAACUACUGCAAAUAGUAGCACUUCUCUGAGAUCUACGACUCUUGAAAAAGAAGUUCCUGUUAUAUUCAUCCACCCUUUAAAUACUGGAUUAUUCCGGAUAAAAAUUCAAGGAGCCACUGGAAAAUUUAACAUGGUCAUCCCUCUUGUGGAUGGGAUGAUAGUCAGCAGACGUGCUCUUGGCUUUCUGGUGAGGCAGACUGUAAUUAACAUUUGUAGAAGAAAGAGACUGGAGAGUGACUCCUACAGUCCACCACAUGUCCGCCGGAAACAGAAGAUCACCGACAUUGUCAACAAGUAUCGGAACAAGCAGUUAGAGCCAGAGUUUUAUACUUCACUUUUCCAGGAGGUCGGACUCAAGAACUGCAGUUCUUAGGCCACUGUUGGUCUUGGACUAUGGAACUCCAGUUUUGGGGACUAUAGUAUCAAAGCAAAACAGUUUGAUAGGUGAUCACUGUAAAAAUAAAAACAAAUCACUCCCCAGAGCUUACUGUUUAAUCACCAGAAUAGAAGAAAGAAACACAUUAUAAACCCAUUUGAUAGAAGACUUUUGACUUUCUAGUGAAAUGGGCUCCCAGACACAAUCAUAUUCCUGCCAGUAAUGACAAUAAUACAUUUUAGCCAUAAACUUUAUUUUAAAAGUGACAGUUUUAGUUAAAUAUAAGCCUUUUGAGGAGAAAGGCUUUUAUGCAUCUCAGUUAAACACAUGCAUUGGUAGUAUCAACAAAUUUGCAAAUUAGAAGUUGAAGAUAGUUUUAUACCUCACUUUUUAGGAGGUUGUAUUCAGAAUUAAAAUUCGACUCAGAAUCUUUCAGGACAUUUAAAGAGUCGCGUUGAUAGCAUGAAGGAUAAGGAACAAAGUCUCAACCUUCUGCUCACGUGUAGGUCCAAGUCAUCCAGCUGUCAAACUGGCCAAAAGAAAAGAACAUACAUGUUUUUUUUGCUCAGAUAAGAAGUCUGACAUUAAAAUAUUUCAUAUUUUUUCUCCACACUUCAAAAAGUAGUCAUUCUCCUCACUGCACAGGUCUGUGUGAGGCCUCAGUUUCUGGGCAACCCGGGAACAUUAACAUGGAGGCAUGGUCUUGUUCUAAUGGGGGUGCAGGUGAAGCUUGUGGGGUUAGAAGUUGUAAGACAGUAGUGACACUUCCACUCUCUCCAUUAUUGUCCAGUUUGGUGACAUAAUGACGGGUUAAACAUUUAUGAUUCAUUGAUUGAAUAUCAAGAAGUGUAAAUUCACAAUAGGGGUUGAAAAUGAUUUGGUUUCAUCUACUGUCUCUUAUUUCAGGACCAAGCAGCAAACUGCAAUAGUUUAUGAAGGAUUCUAAUUUGGGGUUCAGGAAGUAGCCUCUCAACAUUAUGAAUUCAGAUCUCUCCCAGAGAGCUUACUGGAUUUCAUUCAUAAUGUUUCAUCAACUAUUAGUGACCACCUCCUUGGGUGGCUACUGUUAGAAAUGGCUGUUGUCAUGUUUUUUUGGACCUUGCCAGCUGAAGACACAACAAAUCCCACCCAGGGUUUUGGAAAUACUUCUGUUACCUCGCUGCUACUUUUCUGCCAGGGAUAAAACUUUUUGAGGUGGCCAGGACCCAGAACAUCUUUAUAAGGAUUCCUGUUACAGUGCUGCAGUAUACACCGCUUGUUUCUCCUGUUCUUAUGUGCUUUGUUCUUUAGUAAGAUUAUUUUGUGUUAAGAAAAUAAGUGACUUGAAGUCCAAAGAGGAAUGAUCCUAGUUGUAUGGGUUGUUUUCAUAAUGAAAACAGGAGGAGUGAUCACAGGUAUAAGGGUUGUUUUCCCACUUGAACAAUGAUGUCAGUAAAUUCUGUAGGACAGGGCUACAAUGUUUGAUUUGAUGCUUUGGUAGUCUACUUACAGGACCGGGGAUAGUAUAGGACCUAAUUCCCUGUGCAGAUAACUCUACUCCAGAAGUAUAUCUUUUGCCAUCUAUGAGCAAGAAAUGUGAGCACAGCAGCUUUUGGUUUUAAGUUUGCCAUACCCUUUUCUUCAUGUUUGUGUUAAGCUCAGGUAAAGAUAACCACCUCCUUCGAUGACUCAAAUUUCCAUUCAGGGUAUGAUAUUAUUCAAUAAUUGAUUUUCUUUUUAAGCUGGGCAAUAAAUUGAUAUUUCCAGAUGGAAGCAUGGGGGAGGGGGAUGUGUGAUAAAGAUGAGCAAAUUCUUCCCUGAAACUGUGUUAAUAGCUCAGCAGGAAUAAGGUGAGGUUUAAACAUUUUCAAGGUAAUUCAGAUUGACAUUUCAAGAGGAAAAUGGGUCCUUGUUCUAGUUGGAGUGAACAAAGGCUAUAAAGUCAUAUGCAACUUACACCAUUCCAGAGGUUAAAAAUAACUGAAUUAGAUGUACUUCCUCAGUGGGACUCCAGGUAAAACUUUACCUUUAACAUAGUUUUAAUGUCAGAAAAAUGUACAGGAUGAGUGUUGGGAGUGGGCUUCCUUCAGUUAGCCGUAAUUUCUGGAAACUCUUUGUAAUUCUGAGGACUUUGAUAAGUGAACAACCACACUGAAUGCAGUUUGUGAUCUGGGAGACUUUGUGGUCUUGCAGGGAAGGGGGAAUGUGCAGCUCCUGAAGGCACAAAACCCCUAGUGUGGGCAGAGCUAGUGGAAUAUGGAUUACAUAUACCUUGCCAGGUGCUGUUCCUUCUGCUCAAAAUAACAUCUGCCCCAAAAGGGAGCAUGGUAAAAAACUUUGGACCUUUUACUAGUUUGGGUUUGAGUUCAUGGUCACUAAAUUCACCCAACUGCCUGUGUUAGAAAUCACUCUGAGUAGAAUAAUGCUGGAGGAACAUAUUUAGUACCUAGUAAUAGUAUUUAGUAGCCCACUUGAUAAAUUUACCACAUGUUCAAAACCUUUGGGGGGAAGCCAGAGCCACUUUUGUCUGUGACUUAACCAGUUCAGUUGUACGUUUGUACCAGGUACCCCAGCGGGUGGAUGAGUGUGGCAUUCUGUGAAGAGGAAAUGGAAAAUGUUCCCUAAGAGACAGAAGCAGGUCACCUUCUACUCCCUUCUGAAGUUUGGAGGAGGGACCUUUUCUCCUCUGUGGUUGGGGAGCAUUAAGGACAGUGGGAAGGGCUUUUAUCUUUGUAAUUCUUUCCUUGUAUGUAGCUGGCUCUACCUUUUGUCCAGGGCUUCUUUCUAAGACCCCCUCCUGUCCAGUAGCCAUUAAAAAGGAAUAAUUACCUCCUCUGCCCUCUCACCCCCCCCACACACACACAUACACACGUGUGUGCCAUUUUCCUCCAUUUCCAGGUCCUGUAUUUCAGGGCAGCCCAUUCUCUAGACUCAUAUGUAAAUACACAAUACCUAAACCUUUGGCCAGUAAUGUCAGUUGCCUACAGGUUAUAUGAAAGAAGCCUUCACAAAUGGUUACUUUCUACAUAAUGCUGGGGAAGCAUUUAUCAAGCUUUGCAGAUUAAAUUUUAGAGAAGCAGGGUCUUUAAGAAUAUGUAUUUCUUUUGGAAGGUGGAAUUUUACCCAAAGUAGGAGUCCACCUAGUUGAAAGAAACAUGUUUUGUGGUAUAUGGUAAGAAGCAUAUUGGAGGUAAUUUGACACUCCUGCUGCCAGUAUUUCUCCAUUCAGCGUUUAAAAAUUCGUUCAGGUUUUAUCUUCCUAAAAAGAAUUGAUUUAUGUGUUUAUGUGAAAUGAUCAUUGGAGUCAGAUGAUCUGUUUUAAGGAUUUCCAAGACAGCAUCUUCCUGAGAUGAAGAGAUUGGAGGUGAUCCAUCCAUCCAGUGUGGAAUCAAACAGUGGGUUUCUCAGUAGCUAAAGAAGCCAUGUCCUCUAUGGUGUUUUUCUCAGAAUAUCAGCUCAUGUUCUUUAGAUACUUUUCUUUUUUUAAUGGAGAGGGAAAAGGUGUAAUUUGGGAUUCCACAGUGCCUUGCAUAUAGUAGGCGCCCAAUAAAUACUUGUUGAAACAAACCAAGUUUCCCAAGUCCUCAACUCUUGCAGUGACCAAGACAUCUUUCUCCUCUGAAGGGCUUGGCAGUUGUGGCUAAAAAUAAGCAGUAUCAUUAUUUGCUUGAAAUCAUAUAUACAAUUUGUAUGAAUUUCAGUAUGUUGCCAAGACAUGAUCCUUUUCUUAUGUAUUUUCUGUAAAUAUUUCUGGCACUGAACUGUAAAGUAAAGGCGACGUGUAAAUACGAAGGUGUGCCCGUGUCCCCUUGCCUCCUGUGUUUUAUCUCCGUUGGUCAGGGAAGAAGGCCCAGAGGUUUGUUUGUAUUUAUGCCAAUCCUUUGCCCAGAAGAAACCCAUGGAAUAUUGAAUGUAAUACAUUUAGUCAAUUAAAUUUUAAGGAGAUUCUUAUCUAA